AUGUGCCGGGACAAUGCCCCUGGACAGGCGAAGGGCAUGCGUACAUCAUGUGUCGUGGUGGAUGACGACGAGGAUGCUGACAGCAUGUUAGGCCUAGUCAACUUUGGCGGAAGUGGCGGAAGUGAAUCUGCGUCUGUGGGCGAUCGUGGCAGCGUCGGUGCUGACAGCCUGGGCCGCGGCGGCUCGAGCAUUGAUCUUGACUUGGACUUGGAUGACUUGGAGGUGCGAUCGGAUUCAUUGAGUGCCGGUGGUAGUGGAAGCAACAACGGCCGAGAACCGCUGGCAGACUUGGCGCUGGUCAGGUUUCAGGAUUCGCAAGGUUCGCAAAGCUUACAGGAUCCACAGCAACAGUCGCAGCAGGCGGUUGUUCCCUUUGACAACAUCCACCGCAACAACCCCAGACGCUGGACAGCAACAGCACUAAAAGAGCUACGUCGCCAAGACUACGAAAACAUGCCGCCGCAACAAUGCGCAUUUGUCGCUUUCAAAGCAUCGGCUGCACUGCAACAGCAUCUUGUAAAGUGCCAGGAGCAAGCAAAGCAGAUCAGAAUGCUGAAGCGGAUCAACCAGCGACAGGAGAGCAUCAUCAAGAAAAAGCAAAAAGUGCUGGACGAAGAACAGGCUAGGAAGUCAAGCCUUGAGAUCGUGCCCAUAGGCAAAACUGGCAAACGAAUGUCAGUGCAGAGUGCAUUUGCCAUCGGUGUGCGACGAAACCUCUCCAACAUCGCGGCCGCUGACUUCGGAGCUACGAUCCUGACAGACGUGAGCCAGCAGCGUGUCACGAGGUCAGAGCUCAAGACAGCAGCGGCACUGCUGUGCAAGAUGAGGUCAACUUGUGUGUCGGUUGUGAACUCGUCGCAGCAUGGUGAAGAAGAUGUGGAGUUUGGCGAGAUCCACCCGAAAAUGGAGCACGAGUGGCGGCUGUCAACGAUUUCCAUGAGAUGUGAUGCAACCAACAGCUCCAUCUGGAAGAGAGAGAAGCUUCAUGUUCUCGAUGUUGACUUUGCCUGGGUCGAAGACUUCGCUGCUGUUCGCAAGUUCGACGCCGAUAAGGUCGUCAAUGAGCUGCGAAAAGAGCUUCUCAAACUGAACUCAGCACCACUGGAGGGCAUGGUUUGUGCGGGGCAUCCUUCCAUAUCGCGGUGUCAUGUGUUCAUGUACAUGGAUGUCACGGACAAGGGCUCGGACCAGUCCUGUCGAAAACGCUGCACUAGCGAAGCCAUCACUGCAGCUGGGUGCCCCAACCUCAUCUAUUUACCCGGAAUAUGUUACCUGCACAUGUUCAACGCCAGCGUGAAAAAUGGCCUUGAGCUCUUUGACGAGAUGCUCAACGCAUUGUUCAGCAAACAGGUGCUAGCUGGUUUCACGAAGUAUUUCGGGUCCGUCAGCAAAGUCGUCAACUGUUGGCGGGAGAAGGCGGCGGAAAUCAUGAUGUCCUGGGAUCAGGCGUUCAAUGACUCGGACCUUGAUACCUUGAAACUCGGGCGACGGUAUCCCCUGUCGGUAGUCAGUGGACGUUGGGGCUCCAUCGAAAGCGCAGAGGACUUCCUACUCUUGCGUGGGAAGGACCGAGUUGUGCCGGUCCUUCUCGCAGCGCUCAGCAAGCACAUGCGAGCUGACACGGCAGCACCCGAAUCACGCAGCCCGCCAACAUACAGGGCACAGGCAUAG